AUGUUGCUGCUAGCCUGCUGUCUCACCCACUGUCAGCUCACUACUACGAGCAUUAGGUCGAACAGCAAAUUCAAAGAGAACAUUCACCAUGUGUACUGUGCCAAGCCCACAGUAGCCCCUGGAACAGUUCCAUUUCGCGAUUGGUCCUUUUCCAAUAAGAGCCCACUCCUGGAGCUCCCCAUAGACCCAGAGGAAAAGAACUACGUCCGUAGGAUCCACAAUGUCUCUUUCUCACGAGUAAUGCCCACACCUUUCCACUCUUUACCUGUCCUUGUUGCCCUCUCAAGAGACGUGCUGCAGGAUCUACUCGAUUUGGAUCCUUGUGACUGUGCACAGAGCAGAGCGUUUCUAGCACUGGCCUCUGGCGGUCAACCGCAGCCUCCCAACUCCCUCAACCUGGCCCACCGCUACGGAGGUCACCAGUUCGGCCACUGGGCAGGCCAGCUGGGGGACGGAAGAGCUGUCCUGGUGGGCAGCUACCUCAACAGGAUGGGUGGGUACUGGGAGGCACAGUUGAAGGGCUCUGGAAAGACUCCCUACAGUCGGGACGGGGAUGGCCGAGCAGUGCUGAGGUCCUCGAUACGGGAGUUCCUAGCCAGCGAGGCCAUGCAUGCACUUGGUGUACCCACCAGUCGAGCUGCCAGUCUGGUGACAUCAGACGACGCUGCCUGGAGAGAUCAGUUCUAUGAUGGACACCCGAGACAGGAGCAUACUGCUGUCGUCCUGCGACUCGCCCCUUCCUGGUUCAGAAUUGGCACCCUCGAAAUCCUCCAUCGCAACAAGGAGUUUGAGCUGCUGCGCCAGACACUGGACCUUGUCACACAGCACUACUACCCAGACCUCGUCCAGCUACACAUGAACACCCCGUCGAGUAGGUACGCAGCGUUUUUUGCCAGAGUUGUCAACGAAACAGCAGAGAUGAUUGCUCGGUGGCAGAGCGUGGGCUUUACUCACGGUGUCUGCAACACGGACAAUUUCAGUCUCCUCUCUCUGACCAUUGACUACGGACCGUUUGGAUUCAUGGAGACGUACGACCCAGACUUUGUACCCAACACUUCGGACGACGAGGGAAUGUAUCGCUUCCAGUACCAGCCUUCGGUGGGUCACCACAAUCUGGUGAAGCUCUGGGAGACGCUCAAACCUCUAGUAACUGAGAGAAGGGACCGUGAUACCAUGCACGAGGGAUUGAUGUUGUAUGCCGCAGCAUUCAACAAUGCCUUCCUGGGUCUGAUGUCGGAGAAGCUGGGGCUGGAAGGAGUGGGGGACGAGGAGGAAACAGAGAUGCUGGUGGCUGGGCUCCUCCAAAUCAUGGAAGACGUAGAGGCGGAUUUCACAAUGACAUUCCGAGAGUUGUCUGAAACGACUGUGUCAGACUUGGUGACAGACACGCUUCCUGGACACACCUGGGUGCUGCCAAGGUUACUGGCUCACAGUGCGUGGAGAGGCUGGCUGAGACUCUAUCACUCUCUCGCUCUCCGUUGUGCUACAGACAGUAGCAUGGAGAGGGUAGCCAGCUACUCUGAGGGUAUGCGAAUGGAGCGAAUGCAAGGCGUGAACCCUAGGUACGUGCUGAGAAACUGGAUGGCGGAAGAAGCCAUUAGGAGGGCAGAGGACGAGGGAGAUUUCUCGGUGGUCCACAGACUGCAGCGUGUGCUCCAGAACCCAUAUUUGGUACAACAUGAGGCAGAGGUGGCAGGCUACGCACACCAACCACCUCAAUGGGCCCAAAAAUUGAGAGUCAGUUGCUCUUCCUAA